AUGGAGAAGCGCUCCGCCUUGGUCGCAUCUGAAAAGGCGGCUGAGGAAUUGAGGUUGGCAUCUCCGAUUACAGCAGCGCUGGUGCUCGACUCUUCGAAGAAGAAGAGAGAGAGGAUGAAGGACUCCUCUGCUGGCCAAGCUUCGAAGGAAUCCCGUGGCGAAGGUUUGUCUUUAACGGCUGAGGAGCCCGAAGUGGAAUCGGGGGAUGCCGCGCAAUAA